AUGUCUGCCGACGCUUCCAUCAACACCUCCACGGGCAACCACCCCGUGGACCCCUAUAAGACCCAGAACUUCGAGGACCCUCCUCUCCCCCAGAAGAUCGAAGAACUCACCAAGUUCAUCUCCGAAGUAAAAUUUGGCAUGUUGACCACCCACCAAUCAGAGGGUGACUAUCUAGCCUCACGAUGCAUGGCCCUCGCCGCACAGGAAAACGGCGGCAUUGACCUAAUCUUCCAUACAAACCUUUUCUCCGGCAAAACAAUGGAUCUAACCGUCCACCCUAAGGAAGUAAACAUGUCCUUCCUCGACCCAGUCAGCGGCGCCUGGGCCUCAAUUUCAGGAACAGCAUCAGUAGUCAGCGACGCAGCUGUGGUGGAGAAGUACUACUCACCCAUGCUGAAGGCCUGGAUUGGCGACAUGGGCGAUGGCGUGCACGACGGCGGCCCGUCCGAUCCUCGCAUUGGCGUUAUCAAGCUGGAAGCGAAGCUUGCUACGCAUGUUGUUGCCGCAAAGGGGGUUAUCGGACGUGCUUAUGAUACUGUGAAGGGCGCUGUGCAGGGUAAUGUGCCUCAUAUUAAUGGAAUCCGGGAGUUGACUGAGCAGGAAUUGGCUGAGUGGCGCCGUACGCAUCAGAACUAG